AUUUACAACACAUACUGCCGCUUUAUAGGCAGUGGCCGAGUUGAUAUUGACAUACAUGUUUGAACAUGCAUGCUAUUGGUUUCUAUAAUAAGAUAUACAUGCAUGGCCAAGUACUUUGAUUUAUUCUAAUUAUUGUUCUGAUAGUAAACUUUUGCUGUACGAAAUAUCUGUUAAUGGGUUAUAUGCGCUAUGUUUUAUUUCAGGUGGUUAUCGAUCAGUAGAUAACGUUAAUUUUCAAUACAAUCAAUCCACUAUUGAAGUUAGCAGAACAUUUUACGAGCAGGACUGUUAUCUGGUAUUUACUAUUACCGCUGAUCAAAACUUCGGGCUUGAUUGCAUUUUAUUUUAAACAUUGGAGUUCGAAGUGAUACUUUUCUAAAUAAGAAAUUAAGUUUAUACAGACUGAUUAAAGUAAUCUGAUUAGUCAAAAGGUCACAUUUGAUCUUGCUUUAAGAGAAAACAAGGUUUACGACGGUUUCUUAUGCUGUUAUUAUGGUACUGUGAACAUUCAGUGUGGACAUUCCGUGUGGACAUCCAAUUAAGGACUAUUGAAUUGGGCGUUUUAAAUGCCCUGUAUUCUGCAAGACUUGGCAUUAUCACAACAUUGGACUUGCACGCAAACUAAAAACUUGAAGGCGUGAUUACCCAGAAUGCCUCUGCUAGUGGACGACCAGCCCUUGGGCUCGAGCCCAAAGUCAGUGGCCGAGUUUCUACAGAGAUACCCGAAAUUUAGGGAGAGUGGCGUGGUUCUAACGUCCAAGCCAACAAAGGCGGUCCCUCCACAUGGACUACUCUACAUAGGUCAGAGGGAAAUGGCAGUUGUCGGUCCUGAUGAUGGUCAGAUACAGGUGAUGGGCACUGAUGACGCCACCACAUGCCACAUCGUCAUUCUUAGACACACAGCUUCCAUGGUAACGGGUAUGGCGCAUUAUGAUGGCUCGGGGUUGGCUCAAGCUACUCAAAAACUUAUAGAGACGGUUAUGACUGUAACUGGCGGAAAACAGUGGGGAAGGUUAGAACUUACAUUGGUCGGGGGCUUUAAGGACGACAAAGGGAUGUCGGAAGAGCUGUCCGUAAAAAUUCUAGAUGUUUUCAAUAAAAAUCCAACAGAUGUUCACUUAGUAACUGCAUGUAUAACAGAUCUCAAUACCAGAACCGAUAAAGGUGUUCCAUUUCCAAUCAUUUACGGCCUAGCGGCGAUAAUUCAGACUGGCGAGAUGUUUCCGGCCAAGUUCCAGGACCGGGGACCAGACCAGCCGCUCAGAUCCGCCAGACACUUCACCGGAUCGGAGGAGGUGCUGAACAUUUACGACGCCCGCCGGAAGCAGCUUGUAAUCGGACCGUUCGACUACAGCACUAUGGACGAGAUCGACCUACUAUGUCGACUCCCUGACCCCAUCAUUAGAGAGCAUCUGUCCACGUCACCGGUACAGGAACCCAAGCAUUUUGAGGCGAGCGUCCGUGCCGCUCUCGUGCAGAUCAGGGACUGCCCCGACCCCCUCAAAACCGUCUUCAAGGGCAAGGGCCGACACUAUAAGAAGGAACCCGAUGGUAAAUGGACCAAGGUCGAUUAACAAGAUGUGGACCAUGUCAAUCUACAUUAUAUGAACCGGAGCAACCUACAUUAUAUAGUUCGGAUCAAUUAACACUGUAUCAACCGGCGUCAAAUAACACAGACUCGAGCCGUAGAACACAUUUAUUAGACUUAUGUGUUAUAAGGUUAUAGAAUAAAGAAGGUGCAUAUAGCGUCAUCAUUUAACACAUAUCUUCAAUUAUUUAUUUUCUCUGUGCUUUAGUAUUAAUUUAAUUCAUUGACAAUUAUGCAUUUUUAAUGAGAGAAAAAUGCCGCACGUACUUCAAACGUACUAUCGUUUUGGUAGCUAUUAGUUUAUGUAUAUAUGUAGAACAUUUGUUUUAUGAAGGAUUUUCAGCUUAUCAAAGACUGCUAUCUUUAUUUUUUUAUUUUACUGUUUUGCAUGCAAAUUGCCAAAUUGCUGUUUUAAUCAAAGUUCAUUUCACCAAAGAUGAAACAUGAUAGGAUGAAAAUGUUGAAAAAUAACUUUGCCUUAAAAAAGUUGUCUUGUACAGGCGUGUAAAGUCAAAAGCGGGGACAAUACAUGUACAACAUUUUCUCAUUUAUUUUUCACAUAAAGUUUAUAUCAGCACUAAGUUUUAAUUUCUCAACCUUGACAACAAUUCUAUGCACUCUGAUAGAAUACACAUGUAUACAAAAACAAUAAUGCUCACGCACACACACACAUACUCAUACAUUCGCACACCCGAAUAUACAAACAUUUUAAAUAAAUGUUUAUUCAAGACUAUAUAGUGCUAAGUAUUUAUAUUCAAUUACAUAGCAUAUUGUACCACUGACGUGUACCCUAUCACCCAUUGUAUCACCAUUUUGAUAUGAUUGAAGCCAAAGAGUAUUUAGUUUAAACAUAUCUAUUUAGUUCAAGGAAAUAUUAAAAAGAUGAAUACACAAUAUACACUUAAAUAAUCUGGAUUACAAAGAAGUUUGCUUAUACAUCUAAUAAGGUUGGGGACUAGAUUUCGUUGAGACAUAACUAGGAAGACUUAGUAACUAAACUGUGUUUAAUGUUUUUGUGACGGGUAUACAUAUGGGUAUUUAAUGAGUUCAUUUAACAUGCUAAACUGAAGGAACAUUAUAAGAUGUGAUAUUACAAAAAAUUGCCGGCAGUCUGUCAACAAUUAUAUGUCCUUGCAACACUACGCUGUAUUUUACAUGUUAAACAUUGGAACUUAAUUUGUGGCCGAACUUAUUAGUUAUAAGAAACUCUUGGAACCUAACCAUAUCGAGCCGUGAGCUUCUUUAGUUUCUAUAUGUGCAUGUAUAAUUGGACGUUAUCAUUUAAACAGACCAAUCUCUGUAUCUUAUUAAGUGAGAAUGUUUGCCAGUGUGAUUAUAUGUAUACACUUGAAAAGUAGUAUAUGUGAAGAUCAAAAUAUAUUGUACAUAGUAUGUGUUCAUUUCUGUCGUGUAGUACUGUUUACCAAAUAUUUGUGUAAAGAUUUUUAUUCCGACGUUGAAAAUAAAGAGUGUCAC